AUGACCACAAGGACCAAAGAAGGUGAACAACUUGGACAAGACCUCAACGACCCUACAACAAUGAGUGUUAUUGUUAAUACGUCACUGUUGCGAGCUAUAGGCAUACCAAGUUUCGACUUCUUACCAUCACAGCCUUUAUCGCCUUUGUCAAACAAUGAUAGUCCAGCCACAUGUGAAGACAACGGCCGCGCUGUACCUGGCCUUGAGAGUGACGAUGAUUGUUGUUUGAAUGAAGAUGCUUUUGGUGAUCUAGAAGACGUCACUUAUGUCAACUAUGACAAAGAAUUCUGGAAGCAUUUGAUUGAUACUCUGUUUGGUGGUUCCAACGCCCCAGAGCUGGUAUUAGACGACCCAACUGAAGACAUCAGUAUCACCCAAGACACCCCCUUUGUCAUCGCCGAAUCGACUUACCCUUCAUUCCAAAGGUCUCAACCUGAAAACAUUGAAACUCCAAAGUCACUAGAUUCUUACAACGAUGAUGACUUUGACAUUCCACCGUUAUUCGACGAUACACUCUACGUUUCUGAUGAUGUACCGGAUUUGGAUGGGCCAGAAGGUGACGAAGAACUUCAUGUCGGGAAGAAAUAUGGCAGCAUAGCGGAAUGCCAAACAGCUCUGGCUAUUUACGCCAUCAAAAGAAGGUUUUGUUUUAAACAAGAUAGGUCAGUAAAGAAUCACUUAAUAUUGACUUGCUUAGACUCAAAAUGCCUAUGGAGGAUCAGAGCAGCAGCGUUAGGAGAAACUGGUUUUUUUGUCCUGCAAAAGAUCGUCUUACACCACACAUGUGCGUACAAAACUCGGAAGGAUUUUCGAAAAAGAGCUUCAUCACGGGUUCUUGCGUACAUAUUCAAAUCAAAGUAUGGCGAUCCAAUCAAUGGUCCUCGGGCUGGGGAGCUACAGAGAUUAGUUUUAGAGGAGUUGCGGCUGACGGUUAAUUACAUGAAAUGUUAUCGCGCAAAAGGAAUUGCACUUACAGCUUCACGAGGUAAGGAUGAAGGUGCAUAUCUCCCGUUACCAACGUAUUUCUAUAUGAUCAAGCUUGCCAACCCCGGCACCAUCACAGCUAUAGAAACAGUUGUUGAUGAGAUGGAAACACACGUUUCAAGCAGAUAUAGAGGGGUGUUACUGACCGCUAGUGGACAGGAUGCAAACUUCCAGUUGUUCCCCUUGGCAUUUGGUAUUGUGGAUGCAGAAAACGAUGCUGCAUGGCUGUGGUUCUUAAAGAAGCUUGAAAGGGUAUUAGCUGACAGCUCCAACCUGACAAUCAUUUCAGACCGAGCAGACUCUAUUUACAACGCCAAAAUGCAGGUCUAUCAAAAGGCUCAACAUGGGUGUUGUAUUGUUCAUCUCCAGAGGAACGUUAACUCAAGGUAUCACAACAAAGGUAUGGCUAAAAUGGUUGGUUCCGCGGCCUAUCAACACCGUAGAAGGGAUUUCACCUUGCUAUUUGAAAAAAUACGUCACGUAAACCCUGAUUGUGCUACCUAUUUGUCCAAGAUUGGCCACGCACACUGGAGCCGAACGUAUUUUCGUGGGAACAGGUACAACUUGAUGACAAGUAACGUGGCUGAACAGUUAAACAAAGCAUUAAAACUAGGAAGGUCGUCUUCUAUUAUGGAAUUACUUGUUUUCAUUCAACGCAUAAUGAGUCGUUGGUUCUGCGCUCGCCGCAGAAAAUCAUCAAGACACGCAGGUGUGGCCACUCCUGAAGUUGAUAAGGUCGUCCAAGAGCACAAGAAUCGUUGUGAUUUCAGCCGAGUCAACCCUCUUACACCUUGGAAAUGCGAAAUAAUAAGUAAAGAUGGGGAUAAGAAUGUAGUCUCACUAAAAACAAAGGAAUGUUCAUGUAAGGUCUACGAUCACUUGAAGAUUCCAUGCAGUCACGCUUUGAUCGCCGCAGAUAGUUUGGGAUUACCAUACCAUACAUUGGUAAGUGAUUGCUACAAACCCACAUCUUGGGCAGCCACUUACCAAGGUGAAAUUCAACCAGAAGCGGAGUGCCAAGACAUUGAUCUCCCCACUCAUGUCAGAGACUUUGUUCUUCUACCACCCAAAACUAAGAGGCCACUGGGAAGACUCCUACUAAACGAUUGA